UAUGAAUCUCCAUCAAUGAAUUGCCACUGUUAAACAACUGAGAGUCCAAAACCCUCAUCCGUCUCCUGCAAACCAUCCAGAGAUCUUCCAGCAGAUCCCAAUCCACCACGUGACCAGCCCUGUUCCGGGAAGCAGAAAUCGAGUUCUCGGCCGGUGCCACGUGAGCAGUUUGGAAUCUAAACCACCACUCAGAAGAGCGGUGCCAUGUUUCAAUAAGUACAUUCUAUAUACAAACAGCAAAUGUAAGGUAAAUCCCCUGCUGUUGUUUUGUUUUCAGAAAUGAUCGUUCUCGUUGUGUUGCUGAGUUUUGCUGCUGUGUUGCAACAACCUGCUUCAAAAAUAAAGACAAGAGGAAUAUUACUCGUUCUCUUACUUCAGGCACAUGCAGUAGGAAUUGGACCAGCUGAGCGAAAUCAGAUAGUUGACAAGCACAAUGCCCUGCGGAGAGGAGUGCAGCCGACGGCAAGCAACAUGCUGAAGAUGGGAUGGAAUUCGGCUGCUGAAGCGAAUGCAAAACGCUGGGCAAACAAUUGUCAAUUUGGUCACAGCCCAAGCAACCAAAGAGUUGCCGAUGGAAUCUCAUGUGGUGAAAAUAUAUUUGCAUCAUCUCACGCCACUUCAUGGAAUGACGUGAUUCAAGUUUGGUACGACGAGGUGAAAGAUUUCAAGUACGGUGUUGGAGCAGUCCGUCCAGGGGCCGUAACUGGUCAUUACACUCAGGUGGUUUGGCACAAGUCUCACCUAAUUGGUUGUUAUGAUGCCUAUUGUCCUCAAAGCUCCAUGAAAUACCUCUACGUUUGCCAAUACUGUCCUGCAGGGAACAUAAUGGGAUCACUUCAAACUCCCUAUAAGUCUGGAUCACCUUGUGGGGACUGCCCUGGCUCAUGCGACAAUGGAUUAUGCACCAAUCAUUGAAAAUAUACAGAUAAGAACAUCAACUGUGAAGCUGUAGUGAAAGCACAAGGAUGCAAUAACAAGGAAAUUAUGCAAGAUUGUGUUGCUUCUUGCAAGUGCCCCCCCCCCCU